AAUGGCUUCCUUUGGGUGGAAGAGAAAGAUUGGUGAGAAAGUUUCAAAAGCUACUUCGCAGCAAUUUGAAGCAGAAGCUGCUGAUGACAAGGAUCUGGCUGAUGACGAUGAUGCCAACUGGGUGCAUGCAGCUAAGAGAAGAAAGGAAAUUCUCUUAGAAGACUGUGUAAAGAAAAGUAAGGAGCUGAAGGAUGAAGGUGCAAAUUUAGCCGAAAAUAGGAGGUACCGAGAGGCUAUUCACAAGUGGGACGAAGCACUUCAGUUAACACCAGAGGAUGCUACGCUUUAUGAGAUGAAAUCACAGGUCCUGAUGUCUUUACAUGAAAUGUUCCCAGCAGUGCAUGCAGCAGAAAUGGCUGUCCAGAGAAACCCACGUUCCUGGGAUGCCUGGCAGACUUUAGGACGUGCCCAGCUUGGAUUAGGAGAGAUAGCACUGGCAAUCCGAAGUUUCCAGGUGUCCUUACACAUCUUUCCAAUGAACCCUGAAGUAUGGAAAGAGGACCUUUCCUGGGCAAGAAAACUACAUGAACAGCAGAAGGCAACAAAGACUGAGGCCGUGCAAGCAGUGGCAAACGAAAAAGAGGUUGCACAAGAAUCAAUCCCUGACUAUGACUUUGAGAGUGAUGAAAUUGUGGCAGUCUGUGCUGCUAUCGCAGAGAAGGAGAAAGCUCUUUCAGCAGCUAAAACAGUAGUAAUUGUGUCUGCUUCGGGCACAGUAGAGACUGUUACUGAGGUGGAGAAUUGUCCUACAACUCCUGAUGAAACCCUUUUCAUCAGAGCCCGAUAAGGCAGCCUUAUGGGUUGCCACACUGUUUUAAGAACUGAUGUUAUUUAUUAUAUUGGGCUUGCUUUGGUUUUGUUUUUUAAACAGUGGGAGAGCCUACAAAAGUUGAAGAAUUGAAGUUAUUUUU